GUUCAUCCACUGAAAGAAAGAGCUAAUGAAAAUCUCUCCCAUUCUUCUGUUUAAGGUGCGGGGAUGCCUGUCACUACCCUGAACUUGUUGGAAUAUAUUUUUUAUUUUUUUCUGAUGUUUAAUGUAGAGACUGUGCUCUCUGUCUGUGAUGUCAGGGUCCGUACAAUCGAUUUAGGAUGCCAUCUUGAGUGGCAUUGCCCUGAUGCCAACCCUAAGACCACUUAUACUGUCCAGACCAAGACAUUCGGUCCAUGGGAAAAUGUUUCAGACUGCAUCCAGAUUUCCCAGCAAAGCUGUGAUCUGUCACGCGUCUUUCCUGACAUACACGCCUACAACUUCAUCAGGCUGACAUCAGAAGAUUUUCCUGGGUUGAAUCAAACUCUGCUCUGUGACCCUUUGAAUGACUCUUCUGCCACAUUCAGCCCCCCCAACAUUAAUAUCUCCAUGGACAAUGGAAGUUUGCAGGUGACGGUAAAUUUUCCCCGUCUUCCAUCCAAAAUCUGUUCUGAUUAUGAUGAGGAAGAGGAGAUGGCUUGCCCCAUCAAUGAGUUUAAAAAACUCUUGGCCACAGUCACUCUAUACGACAAACAGAACCUCUCAGAUAGACAGACACGCACUGGUGAGGUAAUGAGGGAAGGCACACACAAGGUGGAAUUUGGUUUUCUUCUACCAGGGCGAGUGUACUGUGCUGUGGCCAACUUCACAGCUGAAGGUGUACUGGCCUCCUCUCCCGCGAGCCUCCCGCAGUGUGUUUACAUACCAGCAAACACUGAAAGCCUCAUCGCCAUCGCCAUGAUUGUGUCUGCUGUUCUCAUUGCUCUUGGCCUAAUGAUAUUUCUGCUCUGGAGACACUGUGCAUCUUCUGAACGUCCCUUGCCCAGAUCUUUGGCUUUACUUCGAGACCUGGAACUUCAGAAAGAGACAUUCAUUGACUCCUAUAAGGAAGCACCACACGACGAGAGCUUUGAGGGGGACCACGUUUCUGUUGUAUCCAUCUGUGACUUCACACUCACAAACAACCAGUCAUCUUACCAGAACAAUGAGUAUUACACAAGCCACGUCCUGCACGAUCCAGAUUGCAUUGAGUAUUACACAAGCCCCGUCCUGCGCGAUCCAGACUGUAUUGAGGGAUCUGUGGAGUCUGGAGAUUUGGGCGUAGAAGUCCAAACCCACAAGUUCCAUUCGUUUCCAUCUCAUCCGUUUCUAGAAGCAAACGUGCAGGGUGAGGAGACACCGAAUAUUCCUCUGAGCUCGGUGCAAGUGAAAUACACUCAACAGGACGAGAUGUCAACUGAAGACCCAGAGCUGUAUGGAGAUGUUGAGAUGUUUAAAACUGAAUAUGAGACCAAUAAACAUGGGUCCGAGCUAAUUCGAACUACUGAUGGUUGUUCUCAAAAGACUGAAUACAUUUAGCUUGAAGAGCUACAGCUUUUCUUUUAUGCAUCGGUUGCUGGUUGGAUUUUGGCAUGUGGACAUUGCAUGCACUCAAAAAUGGAGGCCAAUGAAGGUGAGCUUGCAGGGGGGAGUGUUAUACUGACUAAAUUAUUGGAGAAGUCUUGGGCGAUUGGAUAAGUUUUGCUUCUCUUGACAACCCAGAGUGAAAUGUGUCACUUCUUGCACGUUUAUCAUGGUCAAAUGUCGCUGACCUGAAUCUGGCAGUCUUUAUUAUUGCCAACACACAAUUCAGUGACUCACUCAAAUCAGCAGAGCACUAUAAAUCCUUAUUCUGUCCGGGUUACUGUGAGUGCGGUAUGGUUUCUGUAUGGCUCGAUUCAUUGUUUUCAUUUUUCACUUCUGACUCAGUUGCCCCAUUUUGUCUCUCAUUUUCUUCGGACCGUGUCUCACAGCUAACCACGCUAAGAUGCACAAUUUCUGCUGAUGUUGCCGUUUCUCUGGAACAUUACUACAAAUGCUCCCAGGAACCGAGUGUGACUCUCUAGGUUCUGGAAAAUAUAGCAUGUAGUUAAGCUUAUGUUGUGUUGUAGGCCUAUAGAAUUUUUCAUGUUUUUCUUAUUUUCUCCUUUUUGAGAACGUGUACAAGUAUGUGGAGUCGACAUGUACAAUUAUGUUAAAUUUCGUACUGUAACAGUGAAGGGAAAUAGUUUAUACAGCAUUUUGUUAAAAAUUUGCUGUUUGACUUUUCCCGAAGCCAUAAUCACGUGACAAAUAUACCUGAUAUAAAUAUAAACUGAUUUCGAAAAGCAGAUGUUCAUUGCCAUUUCACUCAACAGUUGACUCGAGUUUUAAAUGUCAAGUUUCUUGUUGACCAAAUGUACCACAGUGGAAAAAAGUUUGCAUGCGUUCAAGUUCAGCUUUAAUAAACCACAGCCCACAAGCCUGAAAAACAAAACGCAUGUUCAUCAUAUCCUAACAGAAAUAUCAAAAAAUGCACAAUAAACCUGCACUGACUUUCUAACCAAA